UCAAAUGAUAUCCUAGAUAUCGACGAUGAGUUCGAUGAAGGUGUUAUUGUAAGAGGUGGUGUGAUGAUGCGUGUACUGUCCUCAGAUGACAGUAGCAGUAAUGUCGCAGUUAAUAGUAAUAAAACAUUCGAUAAUAAUUCUCAUCAACAACCCAUGCAGUUUCCACGCCAUAUUACUGUUGAAGCGCCACCGUUAUCGUACGACUCAAACGAACAGCCGUACGUUGAACAUCCAUUACCAGGUGUCUUUAAGUUUAAAGGUAUCGCUGAUGAAGUAGAAUCGUAUCCAUGCAGACAUUGUCCUGACCGCAUAUUCCUUACUGCAUUCGGCUUGGAGAGACAUACAAAAAUGGCACAUCCAGAGGCGAUUAAUGAGGCUUUAGCUGAUAUAGAAAACAUUCAGCAGGAAUGGAAGAGGCUUGUGAUCAGUAGUAUUGUUAUUGUUGAUCGUGUGGCGUUGGUCAAGUUAAGGCAAGAGGCUUUAACGAAUGUGGUGGCAAGGGGACGUGAUGCAGCAUACAAUAUGUCAUGUGCGCUGACAGCCCUCCCUCUCAAUAUAAAGAUUGAAACGAAUCGUUAUAAAACUAAUCGUUCAGUUCAUGAUAAUAUCAGUCACUCAAAUUCACUGCAAUUCCAACCGUGCCGUAUAUGUGGUAUCUACAUUAAUGCGCAACAUCAGUCAGCGAUUAUCAACCAUAUCCGAGCACAUUCCAAAAAUGAUCAACUUAGGAAUAAUAUGCUCAUGGAAUUUGGACAACAGUUUGUUGAACGAGUCACGUGUCGUGAAUGUAAUUUGGUGUUUACGGAUGAACAAAAAUUAUACGCGCAUAUUGGGUUGAUGCAUUCACGUCGACGAAAAUACGUCUGCAAAUGGUGUGGUCAUGUGUGCAUGUCAAUGGCUGAUUUGAAUGUUCAUAAAGGGGACGUUCAUGGUAUGCCAGUUACACGUAACCGUGUUGAAGAGUUACGCAAACGUGGUGCAGGAGUACAAUUGCAUAUCACCAAUAAUAGUAAUCAUCAUAAUAAUAAAAAAGGAGUGAAUAUUGAAAGCAGCAGUCGCAAUGGCAAUAGCAAUGAUACUCAUAAUAAUGACGCCAAUAGAAAUGCUGUGCAAACGUUGAAUCUCUCAACCGCAACAGUAAACAAUUCUCGAACAACAAAUUCGAGUAGUGAAGUGAAUAAUUCAAUUUCAUCGAGCAACAUUAUCUAUAGCACAAAUAAUAGUACGUCAACUGUAAAGCUAACGCCCUUAAUGGAGGACACACCGUGUAGGUGCGUUCAUUUCUUUAUCUGUUUUCAAAAUAUUGAUAGUAUUGCUAUCGAUGCAUCUUUCUAA